AUGGCUGUAACUAUCACUGUCAGUCUUCCUGGUUUGUGUGAACGAGGAAGUGUUGGAAGUGACGGAUCCGGAGCUGGCAACCGAACCCUCGCCUUCGCUUUCAUUCGACCUCACAAUUCGUCGCCCAGUCUACUUGGAUACCACAACGUAGAAAACUCCUUCAACAAAAUGAUCCUGCCUUCACGGAUCACCUGCUUGUUUUCAGUCACCAUUUUCGGCGUCGGAAUGCCUUUCUGCGUUGUGUACGGUGAAGUUGGCAGGCAGCAUCGACUUGGGCUCUCAGUAUUUCACAUUACAAGCCAAGCAAACUAUGAACAGCAGCCGCUCUGA